AUAAAGGAACUACGGGAAGCAAGUUAUCGGUAGUUUUUCCAACUCCUUUUUAGUACAUUCAAGAUAGCCCCUGCUUUGUUUUGUUUUUGGUAUAAAUACCCUUGCAUUUAUCUCCUCAUAUCCUUCAUCAACUCCCCAUUUUAUCGGACCCUUUUCUGCCAUCCCCAUUAAAUAUGAUGAUGAACAAAAAUAAUAAUUUGCUGUUAAAGAUAAACAACCCGUUAUCGAUUCUGGACAACGGGCCAUACACACCCUUGGAUCAGACUUUGAGGACACCUAUCGAUCCACCGAAUCAGAAUUACUUUGGCCAAAACUUCCCCAAUAACUUGCCGCAACACCCCCCACAUCCACAGUCACAACCUCCUCACCAACAACAAAUCUACUCAAACCCCAUUUAUAACGAUUCUGAUGACAUUCUCACCGACACAGACGAUGUCAACGGAUCGGGCAUCAAGACUGCCAAAAAUUACUCCUUGAAUUUCACAUCCAAUUUCGACUAUUUGGUGAUGUCUGUCUAUAGUCAUAUUUUGUCUUUGCCCACCACAACACCUUUUUCGGGGACCAUUCCACCCAGCGGGUUGGUGGGCCGCGUGGCUAACGAAACUAUGAAUAACUUGGUUUCUAGCAUUUCUGUUAAUAGCGGUGCUUCAUAUGACCAACAUCUGAUCAUCAAUAAGGAUAUGUUGUCCAACAACAGCUACAGACCCAUAUUCUUGCUGCUCAUAAGAAAACGGUUAAUCGAAUUGUGCUCUCACAAGAAUAGCCUGUCGAAAUUGCCGUUAUCUACGUCGAUCAGCAUCAAUUCCAUGCAAAAUUCCAAUGCCACUGGUAAUAAUCCAUACUAUUCGGGUAAUGCCAAUAUUUAUGCUUCUAACGCCAGACAGUCUUCCAUUUCCAAUUUGUCAUUGACCGAGUUGAACAUCAACCAUUAUCAGGAACAACAACAGGCGGCUGCUCAGCAAGGGAAAUCAAGAUCUUCCAGUAUAAAUCUUAGAAAACAGUCAUUGACCAGAAAUAACAGUUACAAUAGCACCACCACUAGUAAUUGGCUCCAUGUGGGAAACUUGAGUACAAUCAGACAUCCCAACGAGUCUACUGACUCACUACAAUCGAUGCAAGACUAUGUCCCUCAGCCAUUUAUCAACAGGUCUGCUAACGGCACCAGCAAUAGCCCCAACGGCAACAGUGCGUUGGGAAACAUGUCUACUCCAACCGGUCUGGCUUUCAGCUUUAACAACAUGAUGAUGGACUAUCAGACUCCCCCGGGUUCUAACACUGGAUCCAACAAGUCCUCUUUUUCGACUCCUCCGGGUGCUCCUCUUCAUAACAUUCAAAUCGUGCAAAAUCCCGUGUCGACCUCUACUACGGCACCGGUGCCCAAUUUGCAAGAGUAUGAUGAGUUCAAUUUUGGCCUGAGAUCCAGGUCUUCUAGCAACCCAAGAUUGAAUGGGUUCCCAAGGCCUUUGACUAUUAACACAGACAACGCCAACUUACAGGCAUUGAACUCAUUGAAUGGUAACACAGAAACCUUGGAUUCUCCUUUCAUGUCAGCCACGACACCCUCAGACGACUUUUCAUUGAUGCAAAAUGCCUUUAUCAACGGGUCAAUACCACAAAGUCCUAUUGCUGAGGAGCGUGAAGAAAGAAUACUUCCCACCAAACUCAGUCUUAGUGAAAAGAAGAGAGAUUCAUUGCGGUUGAAGAGAGGUAUUCUUUAGUGUGUUCAUCUGGUGGAUCCAACUGUGCACCAUUCAUUUUCUGUACAUUAUAUAUAUUUUAUUUUUUAUUUAGACUAUAUCCAAUUUCAACAUUUUCGUUAGCUGCAAAAUCAAA